AUGGUAUCAGAGCCUAUCCAAGAUUUGUUGGCCCCCCACUAUUGGACAAGCGAACUCAAGAGCCUUACAAUCAAAUGUGCUGAACAGGUUUUGGAAAUAAAGUCUUCAAAAGCAUUGAUUGAAAAGUUACAGGAGGAGAAUCAGGAGUUGGAAUUUGUUCUGGAAAUGUAUGGCCUGGAGGAUCAUCAGAAAAAGUGCUUAAUUAUUGAAAGCCUCAAAUUUUGUCCAUCAAAGCCGGGAAACCACGACUUCAAUCUUUUGAAGAAGCUUGUACUUCCUGACGGUUCUACAUUAAGAGCUAAACUUCUAGGAAGACCAACAAAGGAUUGCUUAUUUUCUGAUCCUGCUAGAGAUGGAAAGAGUCUCCUAAAGAUAUGGAACAUGAAUGACUAUUCUGGAGUUGUUGGGGUAUUCAAUUGCCAAGGAGCUGGUUGGUGCAAAGUUGGAAAGAAGAAUCUUAUCCACGACGAGAAUCCAGGCACAGUCACUGACAUCAUUAGGGCUAAAGAUAUCGACCAUUUAUCGACAGUGGCAGAUGAUAAAUGGACAGGAGACGCCAUCAUAUUUUCCCAUCUUUGUGGUGAAGUAGUCUAUCUUCCAAAGGAUGUUUCUAUUCCAAUUACCAUGAAAUCCGGAGAAUAUGAAGUUUUUACUUUUUACGAUAGUAAUUACCAAAUGGUGCCAAAUGUGCUCCUAUUGGUUUAAUCAAAAUGUUCAAUUCAGGAGGGGCUGUCAAAGACUUUAGUUCUGGUUUUAAUGGAACUGCAAAUGUUCCAUGAAAGUGCUUGGCUGUGGCCUUUUCAGUGCUUAUUCAUCAGCUCGGCCGAAGUUGAUUACUGUUGAUUCAGAAGAGGUGGAAUUCAGUUAUGAGGAAGAAUCAGGAUUGGUGACUAUUGAUUUGAGUGUGCCAGAGAAAGAGUUAUAUCAAUAGAACAUUUCUAUUGAUUUAUACUUUUAGGUUGGUCAUUGAAAUUUGAUGAGUCUAUGUAGAGUUGUAGCAAGAAAUAUAUGUAUUUUCCAGUUCUUCUGAUGUAUAACUAGAAAUAAAUGAAUGAAUAUCACAAUCUUUUCUAUCA